CGGUUUGGAAUUGAAACCUUGAAAUAGACGGUGUUCGUUAAUCUCCGUUAAAGACUCUCCUACCUUCUUCAAUUAUCGAUCGAUCGGUGUAAUGGCCAAGAUUCACAAAACCCUAGCACUUCUCAUCUCGGUGAUGAUUAUAUGUUCCGUUGAAACCCUUGCAAAGAAAUCUCGCCGCCCAAUUUCUGACAUUGAGAUUCGAGAAAAGAAGCAGAGUUGCUACGCAGACAUUGAACUUGGAUACUGGGGUUCAGAAUGCAAGUCUUCAAUGGUUGCAAAGGAGAAUUGUGCUUUAAAAUGCUUAUCACCAACUUGCUAUGAGCUUAUUUAUGAGAGUGAUCCGCUGGAAGAAGGGGAGAGAGAUUAUGUGAGGAGCCAGGAGUACAAGUAUUGUAUGCACAGAUUGUCUUUGGGAGAGAACUUGGAUGGCGUUAAAGGUUCUUUCGAGUAGAGGUGCAAGCAUAAAUUGUUGUUUGAAGACACGGGAAAUAUCACCCGUAGGCAUCGCCGAGUAAACCGAGCCAUUGAGAAGUUCAUCGAUUAUUAUUGGGAAGGUUUGCUUUCAAAGAAGUGGUUUGCAAAAUGUAAGCAAUUUGUUUGUGUAGACCUGUUGUUUUAAAAGUUGUCCAGUUUCUGGAAAUGAUAUGACCCUGUGCAUUGUCAUCUUGUACCUGUCGCUCAAGCUAUUGUACCACCAUUCGACAGUGCAGAAAGUUAUGUUUAGACCAUCAA